AUGAUAUUUGGAGCAGCGUCACAUCGUCCCGAAGGCAACGAAGAAAAAGAACCGAAUCCACCUGGUUCGCAUAAGUCGUCAAAAAGUUCAAUAACAACGAAGCAACGAAUCGCCGCACUGAAAAGGCUUGAAGAAGAACAAGCAAUUCGAUUGGACGUGUUGGCCAAGAAGUAUAGAAUAAUCGGUGCAUCUGAUGACGAAAGCGAUUCGACUAGUCGUGAUGAUAAGGAACGAUGUUCAAAAACGUCGUCAGUGGAUAAUACACUUAAGUGGGCACGUGACUUACAGGACAUAUCGAAAGAAUUUUCGAAAAUCACAUUUAUGGACGAACAUUCAGUAUCAUCAAGUGAUCAUGAAAGGGAAGUUGUGAACACACUUUCCAGCGACCAAUUAAGAAGUAAUUUUCUGGCCUCACAAGUUUCCGGUCAGUCAAAGAAUAUUUUACGACCAUCUGUUCUGUUAGGCGGAAAAGCUGAACGUCAAUCGACGAAUACCCAGAAUGCGUCUAAUCAUCACCCCGAAACAUUCGAUUUUCAUCAUAAGGGUGCUGUGCCUAAAGACCGUACUUUUCGUGGAUUAUUUGGAGCAUUUGGUCAUCGUGGACUGGAAAAUUCAAUGAAAAGGUCUCGCAUUGAUGACGAUACAACGGUUAAGGAGAAAAUUAAAUUCAAUCCUCGAACAAACGAUCCUAUGAAUACACGUCAACCAGCUACAACAAACAGCAAGUUUAGAGAAAGUGAAACCCAUGCUCAAGAUUCGUUGAAAUUCCGUCGCAAUUGGAAUAAUUUUCAACCGCCAAAUAAUCAGCAAUCUUCAAUGGAUGACAUUCAAGAUCGUCUUUCAGCUCAAUAUCAUCAUCAAGUGAAAUCUAACAACGAUAUUGGCAUCGAUCCGACGUCAUUUGGUGGAAUACCAAACUUCAAUAAUACUAGAAUGCCAUCCACAUUCAAUUUCAAUCCAAGUCCUGCUCCGCAACUGAAUUUUGGAGUACAAGAAUCUGGAUAUGUUUCACUCCCACCAGCACAAUUAACCAGAAAUCAAAUAGCCUCACGACAUGUCUUCAAGGAGUUACCAGAUUUUGAUGGAAAACCAGAGGACUGGCCUCUCUAUCUUAGUGCGUUGAAAACUUCUACAGUGGCGUGCGGAUAUACUGAUACGGACAAUUUGGGACGAUUACAGCGAAGUCUAAAAGGUGACGUGCUGAGCAUGUUCGGGUGCCGUUUGGUACAUGCUAGAGCAGUACCGGGUGUCAUUGAAGCCCUACAUUUAAUUUUUGGUCGACCCAGUCUCAUCAUUCAUCAGUUAUUGAAAAAAAUUAAUGAAACGCCUUCACCACAAGCUGACGACUUGGGUUCGCUGAUAAAGUUUGCCAUUGCUGUGCAAAACUUGUGUGCUACGAUUGAAUCUUCAAAUGAUUUGGACUAUCUACACAAUCCGAUCUUAAUCCAAACAGUUAUUGACAAAUUGCCAACGCAGAUACAGUUGAACUGGGCAUACUUCAAAGUUGGUGUUGCAGUAGCAGAUUUAUCAACACUGGGUAAAUGGUUGUACCAUUUGGCACAGGUCGCAACUAGUGUCAUUAAUCCGUCCGCAUUAAAGUUCAUCGACAAAAGCAAAAAUGAUAGCAAGAAGAAAAAUCCGCAGCAAAAUCAGUACUCGAAUGCUCAUUCGGAAAGUGGUUCAAGCAAAACGUCGAACGACAAGUCAAAGUGUCCAGUUUGUGAAACCGCUUCCCAUAAAUUGGUGGAUUGCAGAAAAUUUAAGCAAAAUCCCAUCGACGAAAGGUGGAAUUUGGUACGAAAGUUCAAGAAAUGCGGACGUUGCUUCGAAAAUCAUCAUUGGACACGAUGCAAAUCCAAGAAAAAGUGUGGAAAAGAUGGAUGUAACGCAAAUCAUCAUGUCUUGCUUCACAACACGGUUGCUAAACCAGUGGCGCAAAUUCCGGCAGUAACUGAAACACAAAUUGUUCCUCAUUCAUCCAAUGCGCACCGAACCGUGUCAGUUGGUGUAAAGAAUCCAGACAUUUUUCGUAUUGUUCCGGUGAUAUUGUCGUACAACAACAAAUCUAUCCGAAUCUUUGCAUUUUUGGAUGACGGCUCAAACUUGACAUCACUGGAGGAAAGUGUAGCUAAUCACAUUGGAGCGCUCGGUACAAUCAUGCCGUUGUGUGUUUUAUGGUCAAUGGGAAAAUCACAUCAAGUCGAUACGACUUCGAGGCAAAUUACCGUUAAUAUUUGCGGAACUUUCGACGAAGCGCAACAAUACACCCUGAAGCAUGUUCGUACGGUGAAAAAACUAAAUUUGCCGUCUCAGUCAAUAACUCAGAGUUGGCUCAAUCACUAUCCACAUAUGAAAGACGUUCCAGUCUCCACGUAUACUGAUGCACGACCACAGUUAAUUAUUGGUCUUCAGUAUUCGCAUUUAAUGGUGUCGUUAAACACGAAGGAAGGCGAUUUAAAUCAACCAAUUCUGUGCUGGACUCGUUUGGGUUGGACAGUGCAAGGACCGAACGAUCAAGGCGGUCAAAAUCAAUCCUCAAAAUAUGGUUUGACAAUGUGUGAAUGCCAGUCUGACGACCCUGAUCUACAUCGAUUAAUGGCGGAAUAUUUUUCCAUUGAGAAUUUCGGUGUCAAGGCUACCAAUUUGACACUCGAAUCAAAGGAAUUGACCAGAGCGAGACAUUUGAUGGAAUCAAUGAUCAUUCGACAAGGAAAUCGAUUUGUAUCACCACUGCUCUGGCGUACUGAUGAUAUUCACCUACCGAACAAUUAUGGAAUGGCGCUUAGACGUCUACAAUGUGUUGAAACGAAAAUGCAAAAAGAUUCGGUUUUGGCCGAGAAAAUGCGUUUGUACAUCGCCGAUUUCAUCCAAAAAGGCUACAUACGACGAUUGUUGGAUACAGAGCGAAACAUUACAACGUCACGCACUUGGUACCUGCCUAUUUUCCCCGUAUUUAAUCCCAAGAAGCCAGAAAAGUUUCGCAUCGUUUGGGACGGAGCGGCAAAGGUCAAUGGCCAUUCGUUGAAUUCAAAUUUAUUGGUGGGACCGGAUCUGCUUAUGCCACUACCAGACAUUCUACGACGUUUUCGUCAACGAAAGAUCGCUAUCACCGGCGACAUAAAGGAAAUGUUCCAUCAAGUUUUGGUGUGUCCAGCUGAUCAAGAUUCACAACGAUUUCUGUGGCGCGAUGGUGACAUAAAUCGCAAUCCGGACGUUUAUGUAAUGAAUGUUAUGACGUUUGGCUCAUCGUGUUCGCCGUCUAUUGCGCAAUGGGUAAAAAAUAAGAACGCUUCCGAUUUCAAGGAGCAAUUUCCACGAGCCUACGAUGCUAUCACACGUUCUCAUUAUGUGGAUGAUUUGAUUGACAACACGCAUACCGAAGAAGAAGCUGUUCAGUUGAUUCAAGAUGUACAGUUCAUACACCGACAUGCCGGUUUCGAAAUGCGCAAUUUUGCAUCGAAUUCUAAGGACGUUUUACGAUCGUUGAACAGUAGCAGUGAAAAUGUUGUCAAGACUUUGGACGAUAAAAUCAAUUUGACCACCGAACGUGUGCUGGGGCUCUACUGGAACACAGAACUGGACACCUUUACGUAUUGUUUGAAGUUUGUAAAGGUUCAUCCAGUCGACACUCAUCCACCAACCAAACGACAAAUUUUAAGUGCAGUGAUGUCAAUCUUCGAUCCUCUGGGAUUUCUGGCACACUUCGUGAUUUAUGUUAAAAUCCUUCUGCAAGAUAUUUGGCGCGAAAAGAUUGACUGGGACGAUAUGCUUUCGGAUGACAUGAAAAAUCGUUGGAGGUUUUGGCUGCAACAUUUGCCACAAGUCGAGAAUGUCCAUAUUCCUCGACUGUAUUCGCCAAGAAUUUCGCCUGUUUUACCAGAAUUGAUACAACUUCACGUCUUUGUGGAUGCUAGUUUGGAGGCAUACGCUGCAGCGGCGUAUUUCCGCAUCGAAAACAAUUCUGGCGUCGACAGCUGUUUGGUUGAAGCUAAAUCCAGAGUGGCACCUAUCAAACCAAUGUCCGUUCCACGUUUGGAGUUACAAGGAGGCAUACUUGGUACUAGACUGGCUAGUAGCAUAGUGCAGAGUCAUGACGGUCUACAAAUCGACAAAAUUAUUAUUUGGUGCGACUCAAGGACAGUGCUGGCUUGGAUAAAUUCCGAUUUGCGACGAUACAGUCAAUUCGUUGCAUUUAGAGUGGCCGAAAUUUUGGACUCAUCUCACAAAAUCGACUGGCGUUGGAUUCCUAGCAAUGAAAAUGUUGCCGAUGAAGCUACCAAAUCCAAGAAAAGUUUAGAUUUGGACAUGUCGUCGCGCUGGUUUCAAGGACCAGAUUUCUUACGCGAUCAAGAUUCCAAUUGGACCUUUGAAUUAGAGGAACCAGAAUUUAAAACGACAGAAGAAUUGCGACCGAUGUACCUGCUAUCACACAUAGAACAACCAGUGCAACAAGUUGUUGAGUUUGAACGAUUUUCCAAUUGGCGUCGAUUGGUCCGAACAGUGGCGUACGUUUUUCGAUUUAUUAACAACAUGAAAACGAAACGAGGACAACGAUUAGCUGGUGUUUUUUCGUCUAAGGAACUGUUGUGUGCUGAAUCGUUUCUGUAUAAGUCAGUUCAACAAAGUGCUUUUGGUGACGAAAUUGCCAUAAUUCAAUACAACGUUGGCGCAACGGCUGACAAACAAAAAGAAUUUCCUACGGCUAGUGUCAUCCGCACUACUUCAGCAUAUAUCGACGAUAUUGGCGUCAUGAGAGUUCGAGGAAGAAUUGACGCUGCGACGUCAAUUUCGGACACUAUGAAGCGACCGAUCAUUUUAGACCGCCACCAUUACGUUACUCAUCUGAUCGUCGACUUCUAUCAUCGCAAAUACAAACACCUAAAUAAUCAGACUGUGUUGAAUGAGAUCCGGCAAUUUUUUUACAUUCCACGACUUCGUGUGCUUCUCAAUCAAGUUCGUCACAACUGUCAGAUGUGUAAGAAUCGUUUAAUGAAGCCAAAGGUACCGGAAAUGGCUCCACUUCCAGAGGCGAGAUUGGCAGUACAUGUUCGACCGUUCACCUACGUUGGAAUUGAUUAUUUCGGCCCGAUGAAAGUGGUUUUUGGUCGUGGAACGGUAAAGCGUUGGGGUGUGCUGUUCACUUGUCUCACAACGCGUGCCAUUCAUCUCGAAAUUGCGCAUUCGUUGGAUACAAGUUCAUGCAUCAUGGCCAUCUACAAUUUUAUUGGACGUCGGGGUCAACCAAAAGUAUUUUAUUCCGACAAUGGAACUAAUCUGCACGGUGCACACAAUACACUGUCUGAAUUGCGCGAAGAAUUCAAGAAGCUGAAACAAGAUCGAAUUCAAGAAGAAUUUACAACAUCCGACUUUAUGUGGACUUUCAAUCCGCCAGUUGCGCCUCAUAUGGGAGGCAGUUGGGAACGAAUGAUCCAGACUGUGAAAAAGUGUUUGGAUGAAUCAAUGACGUCACGUUAUCCUACCGACGAAGUGCUUCAGAGUUUAUUUAUCGAAGCCGAAAACAUCGUCAACUCGAGACCUUUAACCUACGUUGCACUUGAUUCGCCGUACGAUGAAGUUCUCACACCGAAUCAUUUUCUCAUUGGAUCAUCGAACGGAUACAAACCACCUCACGACUUCAACGACUCGGAUUUGUUGCGAAAUUCAUGGCGAACGGCACAAGCUAUGGCCGAUAAGUUUUGGUAUGUAUUCGUGAUGGAAUAUUUGCCUACAAUUACACAACGUUCGAAAUGGCUCAAGAAGGUGAAACCGUUACAAGUCGAUGACGUUGUUUUGAUCGUGGAUGCUGCUUUCAAACGAAAUACUUGGCCGAAGGGAUUGGUUGUCGAAACUCACAAGGACAAGAAUGGCAUCGUACGCAGUGCUAAAAUCAGGACAGAUUUGGGAACUUUUUUGACCAGACCUGUAUCACAGUUGGUGGUGCUUGAUGUGCGCAAAGAAUCGGUCCAACAGAUUGAACUGGAUGUUAAGCUGAGAUCCACGGGCUCAGUUAACGGGGUGGAGGAUGUUGGACAGCACUGA